CUUUUUUAAAAAAAAAUAUAUAGUGGCUUUUAUAAACCACUGGUGUAGUAGUCUGAGUCUUGCUAUUCUAGCGAAUAUAGCUCUCUAAGACAAUCAUUAAACAUAGAUAGUACACUCUUGAACAUAAAUCCACUCAAUCUCACGCACAAAUACACGGAAAUCUCUGCUCUUGCCGUUCUAUUAAGAGAAUCAUGGAGUGAGAAAUGCUCGUGACGAAUAUCGAAUUGAUGCGGCGCCGAAUUCUCGAGAGUAAGCCAGCCAUGAAUUAUUAUUGUUUUGCCGGUUCCUCUUCAGAUAUAGCGACGACGCAGCCAGAGGAGUAGGAAAGCACUCACAAAAAACACAAAAAAAACAGACAGGAACAAGAAUGCAGGCACCUCCCACAACUGUUUCACCAGACGAUCUGGCAGCUCGGUUGUCUGGUGUAGCGCUCGAGCAGCCUGUCCGUCGCAGUAAACGGCCCGCUCGCGUCUUCCACAACCUGGACUCGAGCUCGACCGAUCCGUCUUCACAGCCAAUCAUCCCAUCCGACCUGCCUGAUCCGACGUCGUCGUUUGACGCUUCGAUUGCUGCGUCACUGAACGGAUUUGUGCCGUCAGUCCCGGAUGCUACGACGCCGAAGCCUGUGGCGCCCGGAGCGAUGCACUACGGCUCUGGGGCAGCGAUGGCGGCCGCAAUGACUCCCGGUCGCGAUACUCAGCCUGUCUCGUCGGGCGUGGGCGGGAACGGUCGCGUCGACCCAGACCAGAUCCCUUCGCUUGUGUCGGUUCGGGAAUCUAACCAGGAGUACUACGCGACCCACGUCUAUCCGACGAUGGAGAAACUAUGCCCGCCGAUUGCAGGCACGCAGUACACCGCAAUCGACCAGGGCUCGUCCAACCCCAAAUUCGGCCGUCUGACGCUCUGUAGCGUUCCCCAGACCCCAGAAAUGCUAGCGACCUCGCACCUUCCUCUCGGCCUCGUGCUACAGCCGCUGAGCUCGCUCAACCCCGGCGAAAACGAAGUCCCUGUCCUCGACUUUGGCGAGUCCGGUCCGCCACGGUGCAACCGAUGCCGCGCAUACAUCAAUCCGUUUGUCCAAUUUGCCGACGGCGGGGCCAAAUUCGUCUGCAACAUGUGCCAGUUUGCAAACACCGUUCCCGGCGAUUACUACUCUCCAAUCGACGCCUCUGGCAGACGAAUCGAUCGCGACCAGCGGCCGGAACUGAACCUCGGCUCGGUGGAUUUUAUCGUGCCGAAGCAGUAUACGACGUCUGAACCUAUUCCUAUGCGGUAUCUGUUUGCGAUUGAUGUUAGUGCGGACGCGGUGAAUAAGAGUUUACCACAUCUGUCUGCGCAGGCUAUCAGAAGAGCUCUGUAUGGCUCGGCCUCGAGUCUGCCAGAGGGAUGCAAAAUUGCAAUCAUGACUUUUGACCGUGCACUCCAUUUUUACAAUUUAUCCAGCAACCUCACUCAAGCGCAAAUGAUGGUCGUGAGCGAGGUCGACGACUCUUUUCUCCCGCUAAUGAACGGUUUAUUCGUUGAUCCCGAAGAGUCACGCAUGGUAAUCGAAUCCCUGCUCGAUCGCCUCGAGCUCAUGUUUGAAGAUCUCAAGGUGCCCGAGCCCGCAUUCGGCGCCGUUCUCGACGUCGCUUUCCAAGCUCUCGAAGCUACCGGCGGCAAGGUCUUUGUCACCCUGUCUGCGCUGUCGACCUGGGGUCCUGGCCAUCUAGUCUUCCGCGACGAUCCGCGCCAGUAUCAUACCGAGAAAGAAAAGGCGCUGUUCAGCGGCGAUAAUGUGUAUUAUAAAACAUGGGGCCAGAAGUACGCGCAUGCGGGCGUGGGUCUCGAUCUGUUUGUGUUUCCGAGCACGUACUGCGACCUUGCAAACGUGGGCACCAUCUGCGAGCUCUCCGGCGGCGAGCUGUACUACUACCCCAACUUUGUUCCGCAGCGGGACGGCCGACGCAUGAUCUCAGAGUUCAGCACGGCCGUCGACCGGACGAUCGGAUACCAGGCGCAGCUCAAGGUGCGUUGCUCGAACGGCCUGCAGGUGGCGGCGUACUAUGGCAACUUUUACCAUGCGAGACCGGCCGCGGAUCUUGAGUUUGGCACGAUUGACGAGCACAAGUCUGUGGUUGCCAUGUUCAAGUAUGACGGCAAGCUGGAUCCGAAGCUCGAUUCACACUUCCAGGCUGCGUUGUUGUAUACGACGAAGUCAGGACAGCGGAGGGUGCGGUGCCAUAAUUUUGUUGCGGGGGUGACCACGCAAAUCAAAGAGGUAGUCAAGUUCUGCGACGAGGACGCGGUCGUGUCUGUGAUUGCCAAAGAGGCAGUCCAGCGAAUGGUCACCGACCAACUGAAAGAUAUCCGCUCCGGCAUCACCGAGAAAUGCGUUCAAAUCCUCGCCUCCUACCGAAAACACGGCGCAGCCAUGUCCUCGCCCGGCCAGCUCAUCCUACCUGAAGCGCUCAAGGAGCUCUCGGUCCUUCUCCUAGGUCUGAACAAAACCAAAGCCCUGCGCGGCGGAAAUGUGAGCAGCGACAUGCGCGUCUUUUCGAUGCGUCUGAUAAAGUCGAUGCCGAUCGAAGACCUCGCGCUCUAUCUCUACCCGCGCAUAUUCGGGCUGCACAACCUCGCUCCCGAGGACGGCUACGUCGAUCCUGCGAGCGGCCAGUUCAGAAUGCCAAAGUACCUGCGCGCCUCGCUCGCGAGAUUCGACGCCGGCGGAGUGUACGUGAUUGACAACGGCCAAAACUGCUACCUCUGGAUCCACAGACGGGUGAACCCGAACCUCCUGCGCGAUCUGUUUGGGCCCAAGUAUGAAAAACUCGAGGCGCUGGAUCCGUACCUGAACGAGCUUCCGGAGGUCGACAUGCCGAUCUCGACGCAGGCGCGGAAUAUCAUGGCGCAUCUCGCGAGUCUGCGCGGGGCAAAGGCGUUGAGUAUCCAGUUGGCCAGGCAGGAGCUUGAUGGUGCGGAGUAUGAGGUUUCGGCGAUGAUGGUUGAGGAUCGGAAUAAUGAGGCGAUGAAUUAUGUGGAUUACCUGUGUCAUAUUCAUAAGCAGAUUCAGUUGGUUAAUCAUAGUUAACGAUGAACGGAAUGGUUGAUCAUAGUUGACGAUGGAACAAAAUGUGUACAGAUCUGUUGUUUUGCUAGCAUUUGAAUGUCUCUUUUUUGCAGUUUAUUUUCACAAUGUAGUUGUCACAUAGAUCAGAUUGCAUAAUGCAGGCUUGGUUUUUGAGGAUCUGUUUUUUCAUCGAGCUACGACGAGCAAGUUGGUUUAUAGAUGGAAGAGA